UAACAGCUAAAAGUUUCUCAGAUUAUGUUGUUGAGCAUUUUGUUCUACUGAUAUCAUUGGUGCAAUCGUAUUGCAAAAUGUUGUUGCUGCAUACUGCAUACUUUUUUUGUAUAACCAUAAUAAAUGAAAAGGACGAUAUGCUUGAGUGUGUCCGUUAGUUGAGCUAAAAUUAGUUAAGCGUUGUUGCAUGCUACUUGACAUGGUGACAUCAGUGGAGUGCAUAAACUCUCUAUGACCUGAUGGUCAGACUCAAACGGACAGUAUCGCAGUCAGCUCAUAUGUUAAGCGGUUCAGCUUAUAGUAAAGUGUUGACGCUGUGAGUGCGAUUUGAAUUUCAGAGCAUACGUUGGUAAGUGGCGGUGUCAACUUAUGGAUAGUUCAACAUGAUGCUUGAGAUUUGCCUGGUUACCAGGACAUUAUCUAAGAGAUUAUACUUGAAAUAUGGUACAGUCUGUCCUUCAAAAUCUUUUCUGUUCACCUGGAGUGGGGAUUGUAUUCAAGUCGUAUAUGACAAAUGAUGUACAUUGAUUGUUUGUCUAUGUAUGUGUGGUUUUCCUCAUUCAACUUAUUGCUAGAAAGCUUCCUGGAUGAAAGUUUCAUAGCUUUCUGCCCAUUCCUGUUCUUUUUUCCAUGGAAGUAGUAUACUUUUGAAAUUACAGCAAAAACAAUGUUUUUAAUUUGAGAGCUCUUUUUUCAAGAUGAUGUCAUGCUUAUCAUUGUGUGGAGGUUGAACAUUUGACUAGUGCUUUUAUGAUUUGAAUAGACUGUAAACAAACUAUUUUUGUUUGGCACUUCAGCUCUCCUCUACAUUUGGUUGAACACCAUAUCCCCUCAUUAUUGUAGGAUUAGCCAUGCCAUUUGACUCUUGAGUUCCACAGUUUUCCUUUGGGCAUUAUGUAUCGCAGUAUCUAGCUGUGCCGUUGUGUGAGCAAUUCGGAUAAUUUCAUAUCAAUAUUUCAGUGGUGCUCUUUUGUGCUAUGAGCUGUUGUAUCUUUGGUCUAAGGAUGGCUUUAAUGGGAUCUGUGGGACUAAUAGAUUAUCAAGUUGACAAUAAAUUGAUAACGCCCUAGGUAUAUGACAUGUCUCUUGUUUAUCUUGCUGGAGCCCCUUUUGUACUGUUGUAACACUGUUGGAGUCGGACGAUUGGCAUUUAUUUUUUAUGGCCUAGAAUUUGAUAUAUGUUAUGCUCCCUCCAUUCUAAAUUAGAUGUCAUGGACGCGUGUGCUCUUCAACCUAAAACUUUGAAAACUAACAUAAUUAGAAACAUUAAUUGUCAAAGGUGUUUUGAAGACCAUAUCAACCAUCCAAAACGAGUAGUAAAAGAGAAUAGAGAGAAUGUACAAUGUUUCCAGGGAGGAGAGGAAGGUGGAGGGGUGGAAGGGGUAGGAGAACAGGAGAUCAGGAGAAUGGGGUGGGGAGGGGGAGAAGUGGCUGGCGCGCUUACCAGUCACCAUGGCCGGCAGCAGAAGCUUCGAGAACCAAGGAAUCGCCGGCGUCGAAGCAGCGGUGGCAUCGAAAGCAGAAGGGAAUCAGGGUCGUAGCAGUAACCCUGAAUCUGAAACUCUGAAUCCCUAAUCCAGUCCCUCCUCUCCGCCGCCCCUACCGCUGUAGCUUCCCCUACCUCUGUGGCCGCUGCCCUUACUUCUAAAGCCGCCGGGACCUCUUCUCCCUCUGCCGUAAGCCAAGCUUUGUCCCGAACGCCCGCCCAAGUCUUGCCGAGGCGGGAGGCCGCCUAGACUGGUCGACUAGGCCAUAAUCGGGGCGGCCGGCCACCGCCGAGCGCCUAGGCACCGCCUAGGACCGUUUUUUAAACGCUGCUGCUGUUUGGUGCUACUGCUGGAAAAGAAACCGUCAUGAAGCCUAGUGCACAGUUGCGCUCCUCUUUUAGUGAUUCCUCUGAUGUAUCACAAGAGAAAAUAGAGAUAAGGAACCGAUACGGAGAGAAACUGGUUGGUGUUUUGCACGAAGCUGGAUCUAAGGAUAUUGUAGUGUUGUGCCAUGGAUUUAGAUCAUCAAAGGAAAGUAGAACUAUGUUGAGUCUCGCGGAUGCAUUGGCGUCAGAAAAGAUUAGCAUAUUUCGUUUUGAUUUUUCUGGCAACGGAGAAAGUGAAGGUACAUUUCAAUAUGGCAACUACUACAGAGAGGUGGACGACUUGCGUGAUGUGAUCCUACAUUUCAAGAAAGACGGACGCAACACCCAUGCUAUUGCUGGCCACAGUAAGGGAGGAAAUGUGGUUAUCCUCUAUGCUUCCAUGCAUCGAGAUAUACCUAGUGUUAUUAACAUGUCUGGAAGAUUUAAUCUGGAACGAGGAAUUGGAGAUCGCUUUGGAAAUGAUUAUAUGGAAAAGAUUAAUCAGCAUGGCUUCAUUGAUGUUGGAGACAAAACAGGAUGUUUCAUGUACCGUGUAACCAAGGAAAGUCUGAUGGAUCGUCUUAAGACAGAUAUGCAGAGUGCUUGCACGUCUAUUGACCCUAACUGCAGGGUGUUGACAGUACAUUGUGCUAACGAUAGUGUUGUGCCAUCAGAGGAUGCUCUAGAAUUUAAUAAAUAUAUAGGCAACCAUGAGUUGCAUAUCAUAGAAGGAGCUGAUCAUAGUUAUACAUCACAUCGGCCUGAAUUAGCUGACAUUGUACUGAAAUUUCUUAAAUCUGAAUAAAGAGAAGUUUCAAACAAAUGUAGCCAUGACAUUUGUUUUGUCCCA